GAGUUUCUCGGCUGUUCUCUUUUGCCUUGGGACUGUGCGAUUGGACUGCAGCCCCACUCUCUGUCCCGUCUUUGUCCUCCUGUUUUGAUAAGAAACACGAGAAGAGCUUCUCCGCUGCACAGUCAUCACUUCUGCCACUUUCUAAACAGUCUACGGCGUCAGGCCGCUUUGCAAAGCACACAAAAUGAAUGGCACAGUGGAUGGGAUCUACGACCACGCUCCUCGUGACGGCUCCUUCAUGUUUACCUCCGAGUCUGUGGGAGAGGGACACCCUGAUAAGAUAUGUGACCAGAUCAGUGACGCUGUGCUGGACGCUCACCUGAAGCAGGACGCGGACGCCAAAGUGGCUUGUGAGACGGUGUGUAAGACCGGCAUGGUGCUGCUCUGUGGGGAGAUCACGUCCCGAGCCCACGUGGACUACCAGAAGGUGGUGAGAGAAACCAUCCGAGACAUCGGAUAUGACAACUCAGACAAAGGUUUUGAUUAUAAGACCUGUAACGUGCUGGUGGCCCUCGAGGAGCAGUCCCCCGACAUCGCACAGGGAGUUCAUGUUGAUCGUCUGGAGGAUGACAUUGGAGCUGGAGACCAGGGUCUGAUGUUCGGAUACGCCACAGAUGAGACAGAGGAGUGCAUGCCCCUCACCGUCGUCCUCGCCCACAAACUCAACGCCAAGAUGGCCGAACUGAGACGUAACGGGACCGUCCCCUGGCUCCGCCCGGACUCCAAGACACAGGUGACGGUUCACUACACCCAGGAGAACGGCGCAGUGAUCCCCACCAGGGUUCACACCGUGGUGAUCUCCGUGCAGCACGACGACUACGUGAGUCUGGAGGAGCAGAAGAAGGUCCUGAAGGAGAAGGUCAUCAAGGCCGUGGUCCCCUCGAGGUACCUGGACGAGAACACCGUCUACCACGUGCAGCCCAGCGGACGCUUUGUGAUCGGGGGGCCCCAGGGCGAUGCUGGAGUGACGGGCAGGAAGAUCAUCGUGGACACGUACGGAGGUUGGGGGGCCCACGGCGGUGGGGCUUUCUCUGGGAAGGACUACACCAAGGUGGACCGCUCGGCGGCCUACGCUGCCCGCUGGGUGGCAAAGUCUCUGGUGAAGGCCAAACUGUGCAGGAGGGUGCUGGUGCAGGUGGCGUAUGCCAUCGGAGUCGCCCACCCGCUCUCCAUCUCCCUCUUCACCUACGGCUCCUCUCAGCUGAGCGAGAAGGAGCUGCUGCAGAUCGUCAAUAAAAACUUUGACCUCAGACCCGGCGUCAUCGUCAGAGACCUGGACCUGAAGAGACCGAUCUACCAGAAGACGGCCUGCUACGGACACUUUGGCAGGAAGGAGUUCCCCUGGGAGGUCCCAAAGAACCUCAACUUCUAGAGUAUCUAUAUAUGUGUGUGUGUGUGUGUGUGUGUGUGUGUGUGUGUGUGUGUGUGUGUGUGUGUGUGUGUGUGUGUGUGUGUGUGUGUGUGUGUGUGUGUGUGUGUGUGUGUGUGUGCUGUAUAGAUAGAUGUCCUCGUGAUCCUGUAACCCAGUAAGGGAAGGGCAGCUGGGUGGGUUCAGAUAAUCUCUGGUGAUUGGACGAGGAGAGAAACAGGUUCCAUCCUUAUCGGAUGACCCCUCAAACGUGACAUGACAUGCGAGUGAGCGAUCUGGUAUUUUUGUCCCAUCGAUUCGGUUUACAGUGACAUGCCUGCAGUUCGUUUCACACUAAAACUGGUUGUUUGCAACAGUUUUCUGUCCAGAAAUAAGUGAUUGACCAAAAUGUGAAGGGCGAGCCUCCAUGCCUAUGUUUAAACCACUUUAAUGUCUUAAGAAAAAUCUACAUUUUUGUUAUUGUUGUCAGUAUUUUUAUAUGAUUAUUACUGUACAAUGCAGGUUUUAGUGUGCCUUUGGAUGAUCUAAAGCCUUCUGGAAGAUCUUAAAGUUUCACAUAGGGUAAAGUCUGUAGGUGUCAAUAGUUUUUAGGUUGUUGGUCCCUGACGCUACUAUUUUGGUCAGUGUUCAAGAAAAAAACUAUUGUUUCUGAAGUUUUAAAUGAUCUGGUAUUAAAACAAGAAUGUAAUCCUGCAGACACAGAAGAUAUACAGCAGAUAUACCAAAGAUUGUGAGUCACUCAUAAGCUGUAACCCGAGCAUUUACACCAGUUAUUUUAAUCAACCUUGUCAGUAUUUUUAUAUGAUAGAUAGCUGGCGGCUGGCAGAGAGUCUGCAGAUAAUCUAAAGUCUUCAACGUUACAGUAUAAACUCUUGCUCUAAACUCUUCAUAAGUUUUGGAAGUUGAUGCACAAACUUUUAUUCUUCUAAAUAUACUGUUGUUUUCUCUCCACCCUCGUCUUAGUUGUAUAUUAUUUUGUAUCAAACCAAAUGACCUGCAGACACUCGAUCUACACAGAAUGACAACAAAAGACGAGAUAUGAGGGCAAGAAACAGAUCGUUGCUGUCCAGCAGAAACCUAUCUCCAUAUUUUGACGUUUUUUAAAUUUUUUUUUAUAAAUCAGUGCUAUUAGCAUAGGAGUAAUUUACAGGGGCAAUGGGGGUGUUACAACCCCCAUAAUAAAAACUGUCCAGUGCAACCCACCCAAAGAACCUAUUAUUUUGUCCUUUACAUAAAUAAAGACAUGUGGACCAUAACUGGAUGCAGAAAAGGUACAAAGUGUUGAAGAAAAAUUCACCAGAAUGCAGAAAAUGAAGUGUUCAAAAUUUCUAUUCUUCUCAGGAGUGGAGAGCUCAAGCCCCCCACCAAAAAAAAAAUUAUACCCUUGGCUAUUGGUCACCCUUUACGUCAGUCUGUGGGUAGCACAAAUUGACUGUUUUGAGACGUAUAAGGUGUAAAUUAGAGAAAACCGGAGCUUUAAGUUUUUCAUAUUAUUCUGUACUGAAACAUUAUACAUUUCAUUAAGAGCUGUGGAGAGUUGGCAAAGCAAAGAUGAGAUGUGAUCUGGACGUCCCAAUUAUGUUUCAAAUGUCAGCGACUCAUAACUUGGGAAUCCUGAAUGCUUCCUAACAUUUAUGUUUAUAUAAUAAGAGAGCUGCAGGUUUUACUGGAUGAUCUAAAGCAGUGAUCCACAACCCUUUUUCCUUAAGGGACCCAUUUUCUAUCAGUGAGUAAACUCCUUCUAAUGGCGUUUUUCCAUUACAUGGUACCUGCUCACCUCGCCUCGCCUCGCCUCGCCUCUUUUGGGUUCCAUUAGGAAAAAUGUUUUUACAAAAAAAACUUUUUUUUUUAAAUGAAGAAAUGCUUAGAUAUAGGACAAUAGUAUACCAGUAUAUCUUUUAAAAGUUGUCUUACACUCCUUCAAAUCCAGAAGGCCUCGGAGGCUCCGUGAAGCUUUGGCGGCCCCCAGUGGGGAUCAGGAGCCCCAUGUUGGGAACCAGUGAUCUGAAGCCUUUAAAAAGGUCUUAAAAUGAUUGCAUACUGUAUGUACGGGAGAGGAUUAGGGCCACAUGUGAAUAAAUGUAUUGCAUUCUGAGAAAAAAGAAUUUUGACUGUUUUCUCAGAAGAAUUCUGACUCUUUUUUUUUAAGUUUAAAAACUAAAAUGUAUAUCUAAAACUCAGAACUCAAAUACAUUUUUCACGUGGCCCUAAUCCUCUUCCGUACAUAUAGGCUGAAAGUCUUACUAGUUUUUAGGGUUUCAGUUGGAAAUAAAUGCACAAACCUGCAUUCUGAACAGAGGUUUUAAGUUGGAGAUAGAUAGAUAUAUA